UGUGUGUGUGUGUGUGAGGGACGUCCGGUAGUGACGGAGGCUCUCCGGUACCGGGAAGUGUUCAGCAGAUUGAGGUUUCGGUUUCGUGGUCCUCCGUUCACAGCGUGCCGACCCUCCAUUAAUCAAUCAGCAUCGAUUAUUGAUGCCGCCGCUGCGCAGCCGCCCCGUGAAGCUCCCAUCAUCAUCACAUCCAUGUUGUUCCACCGGAGGAGGAGUCGGUAGGAGGCUAACAGCGAGCUAACGUUCCCGAGCGGCGGCACCGGGCGGGUUUCUCAUGUCUGUUCAUGUUUUCAUGACGUUCAGCAGGGUCCAGCGGAGCCGUUACCGCCUCGAAGCCCUCCAGACUGUAGAUGGCUGUCGGUCGGUGUUCCGUCGGACGACCCGGUUAGCUUAGCAGGGAGGAUGCAGCAGCUAGCCGCCGUUAGCUCCGCAGCUGUUUAUUUAUAUCGCUGUUAUGUAAGAGCGGAGCCAGUUUAGCCGAGCAGCUAACGUUAGCCUGUCAGGAUGAAUGACGCGCAACAAGAAAUGUCUCCAGAUUUUGUCUUGAUGCGUCUCGUGUCCGCGGCCGAGUACGACCGGCUGGACGAGCCCGACGACCUGAUGUCCGGAGGCGGUGGGUUCGGGUCCGUUAAAUCCGUGCUGGGUCACCACGGCAGCGGCAUCAGCGGCGGGUUUGAUCUGGACCCCAGCGGCCCCUCUGCAGGCCUCGGCUCGUCCUCCCCGCACUACAGCUCGCCGCUCCCCGGAAAAGGUGAGCUGGACGGCGGGCUGGUGUUGACGCAGGCCCCGUCGGGGUCCGAGGCGCCGCUGUCUCCUCCUCCGCCGGAGGACUUUGCCGUAGCGGCUCAACGGUUUGUGGACUUCCCGGUACAGAACGGCUCGGGAGGGCACGGGUCGAGGGCGCAGCUGAUGGUGUUUCAGAACCUGCUGCGCUCCGGGGACCGGAUCCUGGAGUGUGGACUGGAACAGCCUCCCCAGGGGUUUCUCCAGGAGGAAGCAGAGAGACAGAGGCAGCAGCUGGAUUCUGGAUCAGGUACCUGUGCUGGUGGCACAACAUCUGGCCCUGGGCCCGGAGGAGGCGGUAAAGACCAGAACUCAAAUUGCAUCCCCUCUGCAGAGGAAGACCUGCAGUUGCAACAGCCACAGCUCCUCCAGUGGCACCCAGUCCUCACACUGUCCAAGGGGUCUGACAGAUCCCAGAAUCCCCAGCAGGGUGUCCCACCUCUGGACUCGGAGUCCGGGUCAGUCCUGUGCCACCGACACCGCCUGCUGACAGACCGACUGGCUAAAUGGCCCCCAGGCCUGCUGGACCAAGCCCUGCGCCUGGGCCUGCUGGAACCCAGGAAGAACUGCCCUGCCGGGGACGAUGACCCGGUCCUGGCUCUGGCCCGUAGGCUUGGUCAGUUGGGUGAGAGGAGGGAAGGAGGAGAAGGUGUGGCUGGUGAAAUGGUGCUCCCGCUCCCUCGAUGUUCUUGUCACAGUGUCUUGUCCUCUGGGACGGAGGGCAUGGGGCCUGGCGAGGACCCGAGUGAGACCAGCGAUGCCCUGCUGGUCCUGGAAGGCCUGGGCUCUGAAGAGGUGGGAAACCUUGGGGAUGGAGGGGACAUGGGGGACGCUGAUAAAGGAGAGAGGAGGGUCAGUGGGAUGUCUGGGGGGGCGGUCCCUGUGUUCUCCAGCGGGACUCUUAGCGGGCUGAUGCGGCAGGUCCACAGGCUGGCAGAGGAGGCGGGAGUCUGCACCAGUCAGAGCUGCCGCUCGUCGCUGGCCGUCCUUGGUGCUACUUUGUCUCUCCCCCCUUGUGUGGAGUCCAGGCCUCCCAUCAGCAGCACCACCACCAGCCCCUGUCUGUACCCCCCUGUCCGCCCGCAGGCCUUCCAGGCUGCAGGACCCCUCGGUGGUCUCCAAGUCUCCCCAGACCCUCUCUCGUCCUCUAGUCCAGAUCCAAGCCCCCACACCCAGCAUCAGCACCAGUCCCACUCCCAACCCCAGAGCCGCGCCACCACCCCCAAACUCGGUGUGGUCUCGGGGGGAGCAGGACGAUGCGCCUCCCCCCUGGUUGUCCUGGAGGGGGAGGUGGGAGGAAGAGUGAGAGAGGAGGAGAAGACGCCGAGGGGGAAGUCGAGGAAAGGGGGAUCCCUCAAAGUCCGGCUCAGCAAGCUGUUUAGAACCAAGAGCUCCAGCGGGGGGUCGGGGGGCCUGCUGGACAAGAGGCCGUCCCUGGCAUCAUCCACCUCGUCCGGAGGGAGUCUCCUGGACGUGUGGGGGUCCACCUGCAGCAACACAGAGCAGGACGGCAGCAGGCUGCAGGUGUCCAGACCUCUCAGCGCCUUCUCUCCGGUGCCCUUCACUCCUGCGUUCACAGGUGAGACGGUGUCUCUGGUUGAUGUGGAUAUUUCUCGGAGGGGGGGAAACUCUCUUCACCCCCCAACUCCCCCUCCCCCACCCAGACGGAGCCUCAGUCUGCUUGACGAUUUCGGGGGUCCUCCUCAGCAGCAGGGUCCCUUCCUGGAGCGCAGCGUCGGGGCGUCCAUGCAGUCUCUGCCCCCCCGACCACUGGCCCUGCCCCCCCCUCUGAGCACCAUCCAACACAGCCUGAGCCUCAACGACGCCUUUCUCAGAGGGAUCCCGAGGCCCGUCCCGCUGCGGCCCAACGGGCAGAACCCGCCUCCCCGGCUCGCCCCUCGCUGCCCCCUCGGUCGGCCCGACGCCGGCAGCUUCGCCACCAGCCUCAGAGAGCUGGAGAAGUGUGGUUGGUACUGGGGGCCGAUGAACUGGGAGGACGCAGAGAUGAAGCUGAAGGGGAAACCAGACGGAUCGUUUCUGGUUCGGGACAGUUCAGACCCGCGGUACAUCCUGAGUCUGAGCUUCAGGUCACAGGGGGUCACUCACCACACGCGCAUGGAGCACUACAGAGGGACAUUCAGUCUGUGGUGUCAUCCCAAGUUUGAGGAUCGUUGUCACUCGGUGGUGGAGUUCAUAGAGAGAGCCAUCAUGCACUCCAAGAAUGGAAAGUUCCUGUACUUCCUGCGCUCCAGAGUCCCCGGUCUGCCACCGACGCCGGUCCAGCUCCUGUACCCGGUCUCCAGGUUCAGCAGCGUUAAGUCUCUGCAGCACCUCUGUCGCUUCUGCAUCAGGCAGCUGGUCCGAAUCGACCACAUCCAGGAGCUGCCGCUGCCCACGCCUUUGAUCUCCUACCUGAGGAAGUUUUAUUACUACGACCCCGAGGAGGAGAUCAACCCGUCCCUGAAGGAGCGAGGAGCUGAGUCCAGCAGCCAGCCGGGGGUCCCGUCUCAGACGUAGCACCGGAGCCUCUGGGGAGAGCUUAUUUUCUUUUAUUGGACACUCGAUCAUUGAAGGACAUUCAGCAUUCAAACGGACUCCCAGCCAAUCAGCUCCCUCCGCUCAGUCCUGUAUCCGGGCGGGUUUCAGAUGAUCCACCCUCUUCUGUGCACUGUGAUUGGCUCACAGAGUGUCAGCAGGGGAGGGGCAGGGGAUGUGGAGACUCCGCCUCCCUUUUGAUGUCAUCACGGGGCGACUGGACGAAAGGAGACGUGACAUCUCUGUUGUGGAGACAAACAGAGAACCUCAGAGUGAGGACAGGAGCAUUUUGUCGCCUCUGGGAUCCUUUAACUUCCAACACAAACCUGAGAAUGAAAACCCGCUUUGGGAUCUGAACUGACUCUGAAUAAAGUACACGACGACACUGGAGGUCUUUCUCAAUAUGCACUUUGUCAAGUUGAUUUGUGUCCAACUGCAGACAACAGGAGGACAUAAAACAGGACCACAGCACACUCAGCUCAGUGUGUUGAAGCUGCUGGAAAACCAGCUUUUCUCUUCUGAGAUCAUUUCAUUCAGUGAAGCCAAGCUUUAGCGUCGUGGCUAACAGGUGUUAGCACGAUGUCUUCUAACUGGGUGUAAACCAGUUUAUGCACCUGACCGAGCAGCUUCAUUAAAACCACACAGCUAAGAAGCUACGACGGCUUCCUCCAUUUUGGACUCUCUGACUCUCCGUCCACUCAGAGGUCAGCUCUCCCAGGACGGUUUCUUUUUGGUCACUUCAGUUUGAGCAGAUUUACUCCAUGUCUGCCAGUGAAUGAACUGAUUUUGCCCCAAACACAUCCGGUGUGACCAUGUUUGAAAUCUACCCAAAGCAUUGUGGGUAAACCAUGCAGUGCGGUAACAUUUGAACUGGGUCGGUACCUGACCCACGUCUGAAUGCAGAUUGAGAAAGGCCUCAUCGCUGCACCCUCUGGUUCCGUUGUAUAUCCCCCAUGUCCACAUGUCCACCGUCCCCCAGCUUUGUAGUCAAACAUCUGGGAGACGUUUUGGGAUUUUGUGAAGCUGUCGAGUGCAAACUGAAACCAAUUUAAUUCAGUUCAAUUUAAUUUAUUUAUAUAGCACGAAAUCACAGCAGAACGGGUCCAUGACACUUUCCAGCAGGUCUAAACCAAACAUUUCAUUUGAUGGUUUUGUGUCUUUAACCAAAGUGUUGGCUGAAGUGAAAUAGGCUCCUCGAGGGUCCGUUGAGGGGCCCUCUGGAGCUGUGGAUCUGAUCUUCCUCACCAUACUGAGUUGCCUCGUUGUCUUGCAGAAUUGUAUUUUUUGUUUUCAGAGCACUUUAAGGACUUCUGGUCCGUGUUGGCUUGAAAGUUGAGACUGAAAGUUAAUUCUCGCUUUGGGAACAGCAGGUUACCAAAUAAUCUCACCACAAGGUGCAUUUAGUGGCUGUUCUGGAGCUUUGAUGUGCUCACACCAGACGAAACACGUUUACAUGUGCUCAGCAUCGGCUGCAUUUGGGUCGACUGUGUGGAUUCAAGACACGACAACAGGUCAAAGGUCUUGAGAUGUGGUUGAAAGCUCCACAACUGGGAGGACAUUGAUGUGAUUGUCUUGUUUCUGAAGUCCAGAAUGAACUUAAAGUCUCAACUCCCAAACAGUUUGAUUUUAACAUCCUCAUUGAAGAGUGGAGCUUAUUCUGUCACCUAAAGCUCAGAGUUCUCGAGUGUCUGUCGGGCCUGGACCGAUAAGGCUGGAGGGUCAGCAACAUCUGAUUCCAGGUGCAUUGUUUUUGCUAGUUAGCAUUAGCAUUAAUUUAAAAGGACCAACCAGAUACGGGAUUGUGAUGUGACGGUGGUCGCUGGUUCUACAGCACUGCGUUUGGGUCCUUUUCAUGUUUCGAGAUUUUCAAACGUACUCGUCCAGCUGUCUGGUCCAGGACAGACGCGGCUCUCGUGCAGAACUCUGACUUGAAAUGUGACCUUCUAAAACAGCACAAACUGACGAAAACGAACUCAAUUCUAUUUUUGGUAAUAUUCUUCAAAUCGCUGGGUCAAGAUUUAGAGGUAAUGAAGAGAAAUAAAAUAGAUCGAGUUUGUGGAUUUGUAAGAAAAGAAAAUGGAUUUACCUUAACCGCUGCAGAGUGGGACAGAGAACACAUUGGUAAGAACCAGAGGAUCCUGGAGGCGACCGAACACGCCGACUGUUGUGACAACGUUACCAAAAACUGAAUUAAAACAGAACGAGGCUCAACGUGACGACUGCUGAGCCGCGGCGUCACCUUGAUGAUGUCAGGAGUCCCUGAUGUUUCACUGGAACAGAUGCUGGUUCUGGGGGGUUCUGAGUGGGUCCUGACCCAGCAGAGACUGGGAACACUGGAGCUGGGACCCGAGCACCCUGUGGGGACAUGUCCAUGAUGUCAGGACUGUGAGGGGGACUUAAUGAUGCACACUGAAGUGGUGAAUCUGUUAGUCUGUCCUGUUAAUAAAACAGUGUGGGUGGACUGAUGUCUGAGUUCAAGUUCCAGACCCACCAGCACGGUUCUGCCAAGACUCUA